GUCCUUCGCUCAAGGUCGAGCGAGUUUUCAAAUCUGUAUGUAAUCGGUCAUGUUUUUUGUAAGGCGAAUGGGCGCACAAUUAUAAUACUUAAGUGUUACAAUUCGAGCUCCCAUAUUGCAUACUUAAUUUAUGUCAACUUCAUUGAAACACCCCUUAAGCUAAGGGUUUUUCAAAGUGUCUUACCUGGUUGGCGGUGCUGAUGAGUGGCUCUAAUUUGACGCCGAAAACAUCUGCUGUUUUGCCAAUUAAAGGUCGUAUUUGUACUAGUGGAGGAUGCGUGGGUUCUCCAGAGGACAAAAUCGCUGUUUUGACAUCUGACAAAUUGUAUAUAUUGAACUUCACAUUGUCAUUGGAUGGUGAUUUCAAGAAGAUAGCCAGUGCUCAAGAGGUCAACUUUACCGCUCGUUGUUCCAUAAGCAUUGAACUUGAAAAUGAUUAUGUUAUAAAGGGAUCUCAAAUUAAUGAUGAAAUAAAAGCUGCACUGAAAGAAAACGUGAACAGAUCUAUUCUUUUCCCUUAUGAACAAACAACACGUGAUGUAUUGCAUGCUAGAAAUGGGGCAAGGCUAGUUUCUUGGAGUCCUCGAGGAGUUGAUAAAUACGAAAGGUGUAUAUUGAGUGUAACAACACUAGAAAAUCGAUCAUUUCUAUGCAGACUUAAAGGAACUGAAAUGUGGGAAGAGUCAGUUGAUAUAUCAUUAAUUUGGCAACAGUAUUAUCUUGAACAUGGUAGAAUUGCACAAAACAGAAAACCGUUGGUCGACAGCGGGCCACAGUUUAUCUUCAAGCCAGGUGAAUUAAUGACAACUGCCUCCUCGUUGACCUGUUCGAAUAUGAUGGAUUAUUUUGAUGCAAUUGAAGAUAUUAUUAUCGUUUAUACAAGUUGGUGUCAAAUAAUUCGUCGACCGCAGAUGACGAAAUCAACAAAUUCAGUAAAUUUCUACUCUGAGACAUCUGUAAAAGACGCUAACUCGUGUUAUGUAAUACCUGUUGAUCCAGAACAGCUUGUAACGACUGCAUCAUUUCCAUUAUCGCCUGUAACAUUUUUAGCAGUUUUAAAAAAAUCCGGUGCAUUUUCAAUUUGGAUGACUACAGUACCAUUUACUGGAGUGUCUUCAAUGUCUUUGUUAUGGGUUGACUACACCUACACUGUUGUACGCAAUGAGAUGAUUGAUAAACGACCGAAUUAUCUUAAACUUUAUGAUUUGGAUAGUGUAAAUUUGCUACUUCUUUUAGGAUUUACAGAUGGUUCAGUAAAAGCUUUAGUCUUUCCAAUUGAAUAUUCACCAACUGGCGUUCUUGUGUUAACUAUUCCGUAUUUAUUAAAUCUAUGGACAACACCGUUGUAUCAUGCGAGUAUUUUAGCCUCAGCUUGGUCAAUGAUUCGCGGUUUAUUGUGUAUUGGUUAUGGUCGACAUGUAUUAGUAUUUCACAUAGAGAAAGAAAAUGUGAUUUCCAAUCCUCAAAAACCACCACAUCGAAUGAAUAACCUUCGUGGACGAGCUCCACUGUAUUUGGUUAAGAGUCAAUUUGUCAGUCAACCAAAUCCUAUUUUGGGCCAUAUUACGGGUAUUCAUUUGGAUAAUGAACAGUUAUUACUGACAAGUGUAGACGGUUAUCUGAUGCGUGCUAGUAUUGAUGAAGAUUUUAAUUGUACUGAACUAAAAUGGAAAGUUGUUUGGUGCAGUGCUACAUAUGAAAAAGCAGAUUUAAUUCAUUGGGAAUUCAAUGGUUUAACUGUUUCAACGAAUGGUGUUUACAUCUAUUUUCUAGAAAAGUAUAUUUUAUUUUGUAGUUUAUUAACCUUCCUUUUUUUGUCGGAUAACUUUUCACUCAUCUUUUAGUUCAUUCACUGUAAUCAGAUACACAAGGUGAGAAAUUGUAGAAAACUAUCUUUGAAACUUUGAACAGGAGUUUGGAAUGUAUUGAGGAUGUGCAAACCGGAACCGGAAAGGCAAGGCAGAUGGAUCAAUAUCACUCAGAUAUCAGUUUGAAAAAUCUUCUAAACUCAGUACAAAUAACAAAAUUUAGAUUUUCAACAACACUGUUAAGUCAUUGACGCAGACUUUUAUCAACAGCUGCCUUCACUGACUCUGUACUGAAGAUCAGAUGGCCAACCAGAAAGUAUAGGCAACAAGAGAAGCUCUGGGAAUGAACCAAUCUAGUAGAACCUGUUGCUUAAGAAAUAUUACGAAGAAAAUGAAGAUGGAUC